AUAACUUAUGCGAUUCAUGUUUAAAUAUCGUAGUCUCUUCCUGGUGAUGCACUUUCACUACGCCCAAAUGUUUUUAUUAUUCCAAAAACUUUGAAAACCAUUUGGCCUAAAAGAAGUAGUAAUUCAAAUACAUCAAAUGACCAAACGUGUUUCCGUUCUCGGUUGUGGUUCUUGGGGUACUGCUAUAGUCAAAGCUGUUGCUGACAAUGUUGUAUCGUCAGACGAGUUCUAUUCUAAAGUUUAUUGGUAUGUACGAGAUGAAGAAUAUGAGGACCGAAGUUUAACCGCUUGGAUUAAUCAAGAUCACACGAAUCCCAUUUAUUUACCGAAGUUAAAAUUGCCCAUAAACAUCGUCGCAUCUUCUGAAAUCCGAAAAGUUGUUGAAAAUGCUGAUAUUCUCAUGGUCGCCUAUCCUCCGUGUUACAUUAUACGGUUGGUAAACCAUGUCAAAGAAUUUAUCAAGGAGAACGCCUAUUUUGUUUCAUUUUGUAAAGGUCUUAUUUUAUGUCCCGAAGAAAAUAGAAUCAGACUAGUAAGCGAUCUUAUACGAGAACAAACAGGCAAACGUUGUUUAGUUGUUAUUGGAGCAACAACAGCUCUUGAAGUGGUUGGAGAACAGUUCACCGAAGCAACUGUUGGUUCUAAAAGUCUUGAAUGUGGACGUGAAGUUAAACGACUUCUUCAGACAGAUUACAUGAAAUUAGUUAUAACUCAAGACGAUGUUGGUGUUGAAUUAUGCGGUUCAUUGAAAAAUGUUGUAGCGAUAGCAGCAGGAAUAUGUGAUGGUCUACAGUUAGGUGAUAAUACGAAAGCAGCUGUUAUAAGAAUUGGUUUCUGGGAAGUGUCUGAAUUAAUGAAUGAACUAUUUCCUGAUAGAGGUACAAAUUAUCUAACAAUAGAGCAAAGUUGCGGAAUAGCUGAAUUAUUCAUGUGUAUGUCUCAUAAACUUGACGACAUUUCCGAUAUAGGAGAUCUAGAUCUGUUGAAUAUUAGUGUUGGAAGACGAUUAUCUAACAAUGAUACCAAUAGACCAUCAAUUCGUUCAAUUACUGAUAAAAUACCGUACAGAACUUUUGUAGACGGAGCUGAAUACGCAAAACAGAUAUACAAUAUCUUAGCUGACAGACGUCGUACUGGACAUUUCCCAUUAUUCGUCGCUGUUCAUCGUAUUUGUCAGAAUGAAAUAAAACCACAAGAACUAAUUGCAUGUUUACAGUCACAUCCUAUUCAUGCUUAACUAUUACUUACAAGUCGAAAUAAUUACAAUCUAUGCCAUAUUCCGAUUUUUGCUUUCAUAAGUUUCUUAUAGUUUUUAACUUUAAGUAUCAACAUUUGAAAACAUGAUCUUAUUCCUUAUUUUGACUAUUUUACAAAUUCUUGCUUCUUCUAUAAACUUCAGCUAUUUCAUACAAGUAUAUAUGAAAGGCGAUUAUAAAGUUUUUUCAAUCCUUUGAAAUAUACUUUUGUUUUACUUAGCCAACUAAUUAAGCUGGUUCGUAACGGAUGGAUUAUCAUUCUAGUUCUUGCUGUUCAUAUAAAGUAGGACUACGAUGUUGCUGCAUUUUUCAAAUAAAUAAAUUGACUGCUGAGGCAACAAUCAUUGGAUCACAAUUGAGAUGUUCGAUAUGCGUCUGUUAGAUAAUUAGACAUUCAUGUGUUAUGCUGUUUCUCUUUG